AAAUUCAGGAUGAAACUGGGGACUGUGCCACUGCGCGAGGGCUUUGAGCGUAUCCCGCGGGGCGCACUCGGGCAGCUAGACAUCGUGGACCUCACCGACCAGCUGGUCGCCUCCUACUACGAGGACUACGCAGUCGAGUUCGUCGUGGCCGUGCUGCUCGACAUGGGCAUGCUGGAGGAGGCGGCACAGCUGCCGCGGGCCGCGCGAGGGCCACUCUGAGCUGGUACGUGAUCUAGGGACCCAACCCCGCUUCCUCGCCAAGGACCCAGGCGUCAGGUCCCGCCCAGAGCCUUCCUGUUCCCCUCCUCCUUCAGGGUCCCUCCUGGGGUCUUCCCUCAGACCUCCGGCCAGCCCCUCCCGGCGGCGAAGGGCUGGGCUGCCGCGAACCCCGGUGGGCUGCAUCUCGCCCCACUGCCCCCUUCCAGGCUCCUGGGCUGCCUGGGCCCUGUUCCGUUUCAUGGGUUCCGUGCUCUCUUCGCAGAUAAAGACGGGCAAGGUUGGGCGAGGUUGGAAUGCGCUCAAAGCCCUCGCGCAGUGGCACAGUCCCCAGCUUCAUCUUGAAUUUCUUUCUUUUCUUUCUUAAGCACAGGUGUGCUGGGAUGGGAGGGCUCCCGGGAGGAGGCUCCUGCCCUGAGCUAGGAGACCACCAGCUAGGCCUGGGCUGAACUGGGCCAGGCAGGAGCUGGCGGGACUGAGAGGCUGGGUCCUUGGGAAGCCCGGGGGCCUCGAAUACCAACGAAAGGACGGUAGUCUACCCCCUCUAGGAGGCAGGCCAAGGGAAGGAGUAGUGCAACGCCUGUGAAGCCAGCCCCGCGCGCGCACCAGUAGCGUAAGACGACGGCAGUGUCUCCACCUCGGGGACCAAGGACGCCUCUGUGCCUCCAGACCCCGCCUCCUCCAGCCCCUGCACCUGUCAUUUCUUCUUCCACUGCCCAAUAAAUAUUCAUGACAGACUUUCCUGGGGCUGCGCGCACACGUGCCCGCCGGUAGCUACACGCGUGUGCUUUUGCCACACGUAUAGCACGCACUAGCCAGUGUGCGUGGGUCUCUAUUUGCCUCUGUCUGGGUGUCUGCUGAGUACCUCGGGACGCACACAACCACGUGUGGGCUCCCAAGGCGUUCGGGACUUCCAGCUCCACCCAGAAAAACAUCCUGGACGGGGCUCUCGGUGCCACCCUGGGUCCGCGCACGCAAGUGCAGAUCCCGGUUGCCUGGCCCUUCCAGUCUCCCUUUUGGUGAGGGGACCCGCCUGGGGCCAGCCAAAGUUCCAGAGUUUCAGGGGUGCGUGAGCCUCCGCUGAGCACAACAGGACAGCCCUGGCUCGGCCCGGAACGCCGCGCCUCCAGUCCAAAGUGGGCCAGCGCCGCGCAGGGAGCCUGCGGGACCGGCCCACCUGGUGCGGGAAUGAGCGCGUGGGCCGUAGGGGCUGGUCGGUCUCUGCUCCGCCUGGUUCCGCCCCGCCCAUCAGACCAGCCCUGGGGCUCCGCCCGCCCAUCUCCAGGUCCCUCUAGAGGCUAAGGCCGGGAACCUAGGUUUGCUCAGCGCCCUUCUCGCCAGUCUCCGUCCCUGCGCGGCUUUCCUCUGUCAGCCCCGCCUUCAGCUCCUCAGACACUCUUUCCUGGCUGCUUCGCCCCGCCCCCGCCCCCCGCAACUCCAGGUGCUCGUGAGCCUCUUUAGAGACUCAGAAUCCAAAUCAGUACAGCGACCUCCCCAUCGACCAGGCCCCGCUCCGCCGAACAACCUCUCCGACCC